AUGGACAUCACGCCCACCUUCAACCAGGUGCUUGCAAAGCACAAUGCGCCGCCAAUCAAGCCCUACGAGUUUCGAGUUGAAGCACUCGACGACUUUGUCAAAGAGGCAUACCGCAUUCGAACUCACAUAACCAAGCUGCACACCGACCUGAAAUCGAUACGGCAGAGCUAUCUAUCUACUGCGAAUCCACCCCGCCGAAAACAGCUGGCACGAAGCAGUACUUGGUCGACCGCCGACAAGGACUCAAAGUACCUGAGCGAUGCGCAGCGCAAUGAGAUUGACAUGCAAGCGAAGCAGUCCAUACGCCAACUCAACGAUGCGAUCAAGACACUGGGGGUUGCAGAGCAGGCACGACAGGCAGCUCAAAGCCAAGUCGCGCUGAGGAAGCGGGCGAAACAGGGCCUGGGUGCGCUGGGACGAUGGGCAGCAGGCGGGGCAAUCACAGCAAAGAGCCCAGAGGAGGAGAUUGAAGAGGCCAAGGCAAACACGAUCAAGGCGCAUAGAGAGAGCAUCAUAUGGUCGCUGCAGAAGCAGCUCGAGGAGUGUGGGCAGUUCCAGAGCAACAUGAUGGAGAUUCGGCUCACGCGAGAGGUGGAGAAAAGCAAGAGCGUAUUACACAAGACAAGGAUGACAGCUCCGGUUAUGGCCGACUACAGCGAGGCCAAAGGUGGGCAAGGUGCUGAGGCAGACUACCGAGGGACGGCAUCGUACAACCCGGACGAAAAGAGCACGGUGAUUGAGAAUCAGCUGGAUCCUGAGCAGCUUCAGCUGUUUGCGCAAGAGAACCAGGACAUGCUUAAGCAGUACGAGGACCAGCUUGACAAGAUCCGCGCAACGGAAAAAUCACUCACCGAGAUCUCUGAGCUACAGUCGACGCUGGCCAGCAAUCUCAGCAUACAAGCAGCGCACAUUGACCAGCUGGUCGAGGACUCGCUCAACACACAGGAAAACGUGGGGAGCGGCAACAAGGAGCUAAAGCGGGCGACGGAGCGGGGCAGCACGGCGCAAAAAGUGUUUUGGGCGACGAGUGUCUUUUGCGCGACGCUGGUGCUGUGGGACUUGUUUGUGUAA